UAUAUAAGAAAAAGACCUCUUCAUCAGCAUCGAUGACUUCGACAGAAUUUUGUGGGAUAGAAAUCGGAGAUAAUAAAGAUAUAUUAUCAUCGGCCAUCGCAAGAAGACAACAAAAUGGACAUAGCGAUCCUCGAGCACAACUAGAGCAAACUAUAGAUCAGUUGCUUACUAAAAUAUGGGAAAUCAUGGUACAACUUAAUGAAUAUGAUUCAGAAAAUAAAUGGGCAGUGAAUAUUCCUUUUAUAAUAAUUAGAUUUAUUGAUGAGGGACGUAAUCCUGAUAUCUUCAUGGCAGAUUAUGUGGAAGAAGUUAUGCAAGAGAAUCAAGCGGUUAAAGUUAAAAAUGAAGCAAUACAA